GUUUGAAGGAGAAUAAACAUGGCGGCUGUGUGUGACUCAUACGGUGUGGUGUAGUGCAAACUGCUAUAACGUAUGUGAUCGUACACUGGAAAUGCGGACACGGAUAAUCAACCUCAGCGUGUUUCAGUGAUCGCAUACGUCAAAGCAUGUCCACGAAGACGGGGCAGCCCCUUUUACUUCUCCCUCCACAUCCGUAAUGCAACUUGGCCUUGUACCAGACACUUCAAGCGAAAUCCGCCAUGGAAGAGAAACGUGUGGCGGACUACUUUGUGGUUGCGGGACUUCCGUCGGACCCGAAGCCCCUGGAGCAGGAAGCCACUGCCGAAUGUCACACGUCUCGUGCUUCAGAAGGCCUAUUACCAAUCACAGACUUGGCGGUGAUAAUUCGAAGCCAAGGCGAAUCGGCGCCCACGGGGUUUGUCUGCAUUGAGAACACUCCGUCGGGUCUUCCGGCGGAUCUCAAUCAUGGUAGUCUCAGGAGUCCAAGCAUAUUUCUAUGUUAUCGUCGGGGAAGGGAUAAGCCACCUUUGGUGGAUAUUGGGGUAUUAUAUGAAAACAAGCAGCGCAUCUUGCCCGACAGUGAGAUUCUGAAGAAGACUCCUUACGGCCGUUCUGCGAAUGUAAAUAACAGUGGAUCACGGACCUUCCUGACAUAUCGUCGUGCACAGGAAAAUGCUCCUUGCAAUCAACUUGUUGUGACGGAUAUUUGUGUCAUCUUAGCAAACAAGGGCGAAACGCCACCACAUGCCUUCUGCAAGAUUGAUCGCAAUCUUAACAAGGGCAUGGUUGGAUCAGACAUAUUCCUCUGCUACAAAAAAUCUACGAAUAGACCUGAUCUCAUCUCCUAUGAACCGGCAAUUUUGGAUCGCUUCCCAAGGGAUAACUACAGCAGUUUCCCACUACCUGAACAAGUACCACUGUUUUGCUUGCCCAUGGGUGCCACAGUGGAAUGUUGGCCAACCAAAGCUCAAAGACCAUGGCCCACAUUUUCAACGUUUGUCCUUACUUUGGGAUCUGCUGAAAAGGUCUACGGUGCUUCUAUCACUUUCUAUGAAAGAUUCCCAGAUUCAAAUCUCACGGCAUCACAGAGGAAGAAACUAAAUUAUGAACCGUCUGAUGACAAAGUUGUGUACGCAAACAAGUCAAUCUGCCUCUUUUCUCACUGGCCGUUUUUUCGGACAUUUGAGCGUGUGCUUCGGUUCCUCUACAAGUUGUCACUGCGAGAAUCUAGGCCCGUACCCGUUGAGAGAUAUAUUUCUCACUUUAUGCUGGACAUACCAUUCCCAUCUGUACAGCGUCCAACAAUAUGGAUCCAGUUGGAGGAGGAGCACGUGUCAUUGUCGCAGUUUGAAGACACACCACUGCCACUGAGUGGUGCUUCAUUCAGAGAGUUGCUGAAGACUCUCGGCCCAGACAACUGCUUGUGUGUUCUCCUUCUGGUGCUUACCGAGCAGAAGAUGCUGUUUCAUUCUUUAAGGCCAGACGUUCUAACAAGUGUUGCGGAAGCGGUAGUUGCUCUCAUCUUCCCAUUUCACUGGCAAUGCCCAUACAUUCCACUCUGCCCUCUUGGCCUCUCUGACGUGUUGAGUGCCCCUCUUCCGUUCAUUGUCGGUGUGGACUCCAGGUACUUUGACAUGUAUGACCCACCCCAUGAAGUGGCAUGUAUCGAUUUGGAUACAAAUACUAUCUUCAUAAAUGAGGAGAAAAGCUUUUUGAGUGUGAAGCUCUUGCCAAAGAAACCAGCUAGGACGCUGCGUAACAACUUGCAGUCACUGUACGAGAAAGUAUGCCUCUAUGAGACAAACGCGGCAAACAUUGCACCACGGAAUUGCACUGGUGACAUUGUACCUUUUGACAGGGACAUUGUUCUUCACAAGAAGGAGCGUCGCCUGGAACUUGAGAUUCAGGAAGCAUUCCUCAGGUUCAUGGCAGCAUUGCUAAAGGACUUCCGUACCUACCUGAGACCCAUAACGUCAGCUCCGAAACCUGGCAUUACAGAUCCUAACUCACUUUUUGAUCUUCAAGGAUUUUUGAAAAGUCGUGACAAGAAUUAUCAUCGCUUCUACUCUAUGAUGAUGCAUACACAGAUGUUUAUCCGCUUUAUCGAGGAGCGAUCUUUUGUGUCCGACAAGGACGUGAGCCUGGCUUUCUUUGAUGAGUGUGCUGAACGAGUUGACACUGCUGGAGAAUCUUCAGAACACCUUCUUCUUGAGGUUGCUGGGUCGUCCCACAACCACGAACACACUGUGUUCAUUUCUCCCCCGGAACAGUCACCUGGGUGGGAAAGUGCACCCCAUAAGCCCUUCCAAGGCUUUGAUAAUCUGGACAUCACCCAGUAUCACAAGCACCCCGCAGUGUCCCUUCUGAAUGUACCGCCCGAGGGGCAGACAGCCUCUUCAAGCCCCAUGGCAAGGCGCACCAAACAGGAAGUGAAGUUGGCUCGCAAGGCUGCCAAGAAACAAGCAGAAAUUCCUCUUAUGUGGGCUAAGUGUUUGGCAGGAACAUGUUACAGUGUGUGGUUCAUGCACCUGCCAGCUUACUCCAAGACUUUUACAUCCCGGCCAAAGGCCCUCAGAGUAGCUGAUGAAGUACUCCAUCGAAUGCAGUUACUCAAGCUGCCCGCUCCGGAUGAGGUGUCAUAUCGCGUGCUGAUGCUGAUGUGUGGUCAGUACAAUCAACCGGCGCUGGCAGUUAAAAUUCUGUUCGACAUGAAGAAGAACGGCAUCCAGCCGAAUGCUAUCACCUAUGGAUACUACAAUAAAGCAGUCCUUGAAUGUCCGUGGCCAACAGGUGACAGCCACCGAUGGGCCCAGCUACGCAAUGUCGUGCUGGCUGUGUCCCAGUUUAAACAAAACCUGGUGCGACGACAGGGAGAACGGACAAGUGUAGCGAGCAGUCGUACCAGUCUGGAGGAGCCCAGUUCCACCCGGGUUUCACUGGACCACACAGCGACAGGGCAGAUGUUUCCGGAGCUCUUGGCCAGGACAGAUGACAGAGGUGGGCAUUCUGACACCGGUUAUAGCUCUGCCAAUCACGAAGACUCUGCCAAGUCAUCCUCGCAUUCAAGCGGUUCGUAUGCAACGGAAGGUUCCCAGGAAUUCUCUGGGCCUGCAUUUCGAGAGUCUGCAGUAUCUAGUCGUAACGAAAAGUGUAACGGCGCUGCGCGGAGCCUCCGCUUUGAUGAGCUUGACUUCUCGGAGUCCGAUCAAUUCCGCAGCAGGGUUGGCAGCAUUGUUCGAAGCUCUGCCGGUGCAUACGUCAAUGGUGGAUCUCUUGAUGACCUUAUGGUGGCAUCAGCGGGAGUGCUGUUCGCCAGUGAAGCAAUGCGUCAACCAGACACCUUUCUGCGAAGCAGCACAGCGCUGCGCUCAGCGGUUCAGCGACGUCGCAGACAUCGAAGUGCAGGCAUGGGAAACGGGAACCUGUCUGUUGAGAACGAAAAUGGAACAAAUAGCUCACGUGCUAUGUCGGAACGUGAACCCAGUCGCCAGUUUGUGAGAUCUCUGAGCUUUGGAGGGGAGAAUCAAUCACGAGAACGCCGAGGCAGUGGUGCGAAGCUAGAUGAUACUCGACUCACGCCUCUAGUGGAAGCCACUUCGCCCGGUGAACACGUGGAAACAGCUGAGACUGAUGCAGUGGAUGGCACAGUAGAAUCUGUGGAAGAUGUUGUAGUAGCAGUGACAUAUGAAGAAGAAAUGGAAAACGGAAAAGAGAGCGUGGAACAAGCACCACCCGAGGCAAUGCAAUCGCAGGAAUUCGCGCCACAUCAUAAGCCCACACCUGGUCCUCUUUCUCCCCCGUUACAUUCCAACGUUAGAUCGUCAAGUGCAUCACCUACAAACCUGGCACGCACUUUUGAACAGUCUAAAGAACUUUUCUCCGCAACAUUCAGUCCACUGAAAGACGCUUGGCAACAGCUAGACAUAUCUAGUGCGGCUGCUUCUUUGACGUCGUCUUUGGGACUCAAGACUCGCAAGUUUUCUCUUGGAUCUCACCGCAUGGUAUCUCGAAGCUCCACCUUUCAUCAGGGAGGUGCGACCCGCGAAAAGGCUGCUUCGGCCCGCUCCUCUCCGGCCCGGUCGACAUCACAAAUGGAGAGUUUGGCGGAGCAGGCCCAGCAAGAAUCUCCAUCUCCGUUACCACGUCCCUCAGUAGUCAGUGCCAAACCAGGCCUGUCACGAUCGUCAACUCUUCCGUAUUCGCCGCGGCGCCGCUACGUCCCACCAGCUGUGUCGAAAGAGGCACCCCCAGGAGGGGCCACUACAGGAAGUACUAAUGGCACACCAGCAUCAAUCCAGGCUGAUGCUUCCUUUGCUAUACCCAAGUUGUCGGCGAAGCAUUCUGAGUACAUCAUUGACACAUUCAAGUUUGCUGCUCUCAGCAUGGCCUCAAGGCUGACAGAAAUCAAAGAAUCUCUGUCGACGUCGAAUACACCAACACGCAGUAUGUCUAGCUCUCUUCCACGAGGGUUUGACCAACUGUUGCUGGACGACGAAGACCGCGGUAGUUCAUUUUCAUUGGAAUCCAGCCGCAGGCAGAGUACAGACACCCUUUCUCGUGGUGAAGGUGACGUUGGCGAAGAUGGCGUCGAUGCCUUGCUCAGGGAUGGUCCUGGCACUCCUCUCCAUACUUACGGAAGCAUGCCAUCUUUUCUGACCCAACUGACUCAAAACUUGGACAGUCUGGAUGCUGGAGACAAACAGCGGGUGGCAUUAGACAUCAUUAUAACAUCCUGCUCUCAGUGUAACAACUGCCGAUCAUUGCUCUAUGAUGAAGAAAUUAUGGACGGAUGGGCAGCGGAUGACUCCAACCUCAAUACUAGGUGCUAUUUCUGCAAUGCAACUCUGGUUCCCCUGUUAACGGUGAAGAUUAAGGAUUACCGUGUUGAAGACCUAAAGGACGGACGUAUGAGUUCAGCACAGUCAACAGACAGCAUCCAGAGUGAACCACCCUUUGCCCACUCCCCUCAGAUUGUCAAAAAUGUCACCUACGAUGGUCAAACUGGAGACGGCGGUCUGCAGUCCCCUCAGUCGCCUCAGCCCCCUGACGUUAUGUCACGUCCAAGCAGCAUAGACAGCGGCAACGAUACGUUCCUCCUUUUCGAGGAAAGCCCCGAUGCAGAAAAGAAAGAAGCUACGGGAGGUUCAUGUUCAGAGACUCCCCUAGGAAGUCCCAAGCGUGUGGACGAUGGUUUCGCGUCUGGUGCACCGGGCAGCCUAACUGAGGAAGGCUCGGCGCUGAGGCAUUUGUCAGAACCUGUUGACAUUCCUGUGGUUACGCAGACAAGCACGGAUGACCUGAUGACUAUGGAUAGUCCACCUAGAUCUGUACCAAUGGCAGAAUUAAGCAGUCCGACUAGCACCCCAGCUCCGCCUGCAACCAGCCUUCCGGCUCAGAGGGUGCGCAAAACUGGAGCGACGGCUGUGAUGUCAGCCGUUCCACAACUUCUUGGAAACUUAUGCGAAAAGCAAAGGAGCACAAGCACACCUGCGAUUCGGAUGGGACCUGGAGUCCUGCAAAGGCCUGUGUGCCCACUUUCUCCACUGGCAAGUGCGUUCGGCCCAUCUGUGUCACUGGAACCCCUAACUGUGCCCUACCUAAGCCCCCUUGUGUUGAGAAAAGAGGUAGAAAAUGUUCUUGAGCAUGAAGGUGAUGACUGCAUGCUCAGUGCCACUUUUGUCGACCAGCACCCAAUCAUCUACUGGAACUUGAUUUGGUAUUUCAAGAGACUCAGUCUUCCUAGCCACCUUCCUCAGCUGAGUCUUGAGGCACCACAGCUACAUGGCAACAGACAGAUUCCUGAUGCCUGGCAAGGAACAGAAGGAAAAGCCAUCAAUGUGAUUUGUUGCUGGGACAAUCCCAAGCUGCAUGCAGACAUGGUACCUCCCAUGUACAGGCAGCUGCGGAAAGCAAGUGUGUCACCCUUGGUGAAGUCUCUGGUCACAGAAGACAAGAAAAGCGUUACCGAGCAAGUACUGGCAUGCGUUCAGCAUGGGAACAUCAAGGAAGCAGUCCAGCUGCUGCUGAGGGAACGUCAGAAGACACGAACUGCGUCUCGUAGGCCGAGUCUCUACAGGGACAUCUUGUUCCUGGCAAUUGCUGUGUUGGGACGUGAGACUAUUAACCAGAGGUCCUUCGACAUUGAGUACUGGAAAGCUUACGACGAGCUCAUACCAACGAAGAGGACCACACUGUACAAAAGCGACAAAUAUCCGUCUCUACGUGCCAUGAUGUGCCGCAAGUUUUUCCGCGAACUAGAACUACGCCCUACCACGUGAUCACUAGCUGCGCGAUAUUGGCUGCACAUCUUUUCUUUUUUACUGUGUGAAUAUUGAUGAGGGAAGCAUUGUACAGGACUCUACCCAUAGCUGUUCCUUAUCAUCCUGGUACCGACACAUGAGUCGUCGUACAAAAUCGAAAUCAACCGCAGGACGUGGCCGCAGCUCUGCAUGCGCUCUCAGCGUGUAAAAAUUACUAAUGUAUAAUGGUGUACAUAUAUGGUGUUUAUUCACGCAGCAGUUCUUCGUAGCUCUCAAAUUGGUGUUCAUUUUAUGUAGCAGGCUAAUCUGGCAUUUGGUUUCUCACAAAUCCCAGCAAUUGGGACAUCCACGUAGGAAAACUGCACUGUUACGACCAUGCACCUUCUGUGGACGUAGGUUUUAAAUUUGCCAGAGCCCCCCGCAUUGGCAGUGCCGAUUUUGCGUGUCCUUCAGACCACUGUACAUAACCUGUAUAAAUAGUAGUGUAUAUAUAUAUAUAUAUAUAUAUAUAUAGCAGUUUUAUAUAGCUGUUUUAGUGGUGCUAUUUCUGUGUGUCUUGCCGAGUAGCACUUGUGUUUUAGGAAGUUGUUCAGUUACGUUUUCCUGACUGAAAUCAAAGCUAAUGAGGGCCGCUAGAGGCGUAUUUGUAUUGUAUUUCUACUUGAUGUACCACCUCUUUCCGUGGUGUUCUGCUACUGCAUAUCAUUUACAUGCCCCCAUGAGUUAGGCAGUUGUCGAGCUUUGCCAAGUUCACACUUCAUUAUGUGCAUGAACGUGUCCAGAUCACUUAGCUAUACUUGUUACAGCUGUUAUAGUGCCCACAUAAGAUGUGUUGGCAGUGUUGUCCCACCAUGUUGCUUUCUACAGAGGUUUUUGAAGCUAAUAUCUUUGAAAAGAAUUAGUAGCAUUGUACAUACUACGAUUUAGUGCUGGCCCUUGCUUGGUAACAGUAAGUGUGAGCAUGUAAGUGCUUGGGGAAAAUCAGUUAUAUCUUCAUCUUGAUCUUGGUUGUUGUUUUAUUUCAGAUACAGGUGGGGAUUGUUUUAAAAGUAUAUUAGGUGUACAAAUAUGAAAAAUUUUGCGUUCUGGAUUUUGUCUAACAAGUAUACAAUUAAAACAAUUAAAACAGUC